GCUGCGACAGGGGCAAGUGCUGAUGCUCACAGGGCACAUGCAUCGCACACGCCCGGGCGUCGACUUAUCUAACCACGCCAACCACCAGUUACUGUACUAUAGUACAUACAUACCUGUAUUCGUACUCUGUACAGUGCCUUACCGUCUCCAGGACUCGAAAUCAAAAGAAAAACAAGGGCCAAACAACUAAAUCAGGCAGUUGAAGACCAGCAAAGCCACAAUCAUCACAGAGACAGCUUUUGUAGUCUUCGACAAAAUGGUAGGCUUUAAACGCGAUUACCAAGGCAACGCGAAGAAGCACCAUGGGCCCAAGCCAGCUGCGGCACCAAAGUCAACAGUGAGAAACGCAUACACGCCCAUGUUUGAGCGUCUGCGCGACGAACUUGACGCACACCAUGACCGCCGCGACCGCAUCGGCAAGGCCUCACGCGACGUCACAGCCCUGAGCAAGAAGAUAAUAUUCUCCCUCCAGCGCGUUCGCCAGAUCGAUGCAUCCCUUCCCCAGGACAUCCAAGCCGAGGUUGACUCGCGCCUAGCCGAAAUCGCCAAGCUCCUCGCGAGCAUUGCGCCAGAAGUCCAGGACAUCAACCGCUAUCGCUACUCGCGGUCCCUAUUCUGCCUGGAAGAGCUCGUCGAGGCUUUGACUUUUUCGCACUAUCUCAAGACUCAGACGCUCGUCGACCAGGCCCACCUGGCCCAGGUUGUCGAGGACCUCGCCCGCCAAGGGGCGGCGCCCGAGGAUGAGGUCAUGGCCGACGCCGGCGCCACUCCUGUCCCCGGCCCGGGCGAGCAGGCCGGGCAGUUGGCCGCCGAGGCUCCAGUCAUCGGCAUCACCCAGGAAGACUACCUCUACGGCGUGUUCGACCUAACGGGCGAGAUGAUGCGCUUCGCCACCACCACGUCGGCUCUAACCGGCCGGAUGGCCAGCGGCGAUGGGCAGGACGAGCCCCGCACCAUCGUCGAAGACAUGCACGACCUGGGAAGUCUGUUCGAGAUGCUCCCGCACGCAGGCGGCGGCAAAAAUGUGACGUGGGAAAAUAAGCUCGAGGUCAUGCGCCAGUCGGUCCAGAAGGUGGAAAAGCUCGGCUACGACAGGACCAUUCGGGGCAGCGAGCGCCCCAAAGGCUGGAUCCCUGAUCUGACCACGGACGACCAGCCGAACUCGCCUUAGCUAUUUGGGCUGGGAGUGUCAAGGUUUAGCUGAUGUCUUGAUAGAUGUUUUUUAUGCCUGUGAGUUAGCAUGUGUGUGGUUACUGUCUGCAUGACACUACUCUGCUGUCUUUCUCUCGUUCUGUUUGCUACGUAGUCUACACAGUCAUGUCUCAAUGCCAGGUUGCGCAUGUACUCCUGUUUUGGCGGACAGACAACACUAUAAUUAUGGCUACAAUGGAAUUUAAAUAUUCUCCGGUACACAUUCGCUCUGCGGCCCAAAAAUGCGGACAGGCACGUAGUUUGUUUGCUGGCAGCAUAACACCGGACAAUAGAUGUUUACAGGGUGUCUCUCUGUCUUUCUUGG